UACUUCAAUCCACGUUUCUUAAUUAUUACAUGAAAUCUUCUGCCUUCGAUAUGAUAUCAUUCUAAUCCCUAAUCUUCUUUCUCUCCUUUGCAUAAAUAUUAUCCCCAAAAGAGUUUAAAUCAUACGUGCAUGUGCUGGUUUAAAUAGUGCUUGGUUCGAUUAUAAUAUGCCAUGAAUGUACUGAUGUACGUUACAUAAACUAAGCUAGACAUGAUGGCAAAGAACGGAGCUAAAACAUGUCGGCCAUGGACAUUGUUGAUCAUGUUCUUGAUCAUCUUGUUCUUCACUCUCCCGGAGGUGUAUGGCGAGGAAUUAGAGGCUCUCUUUUCGUUCAAAGGUUCGAUCAAGGACCCCUUAGGCUUUCUUUCCAACUGGAGCUCCUCUGCCAAUUUUUGCAACUGGCACGGCAUCGCCUGCGACAACUCUUCCCGCGUUAACUCAAUCGAGCUCUCCGGAAAAAACAUCUCUGGCAAAAUUUCUGCCUCAAUUUUCCAGUUGCAUUAUGUCGAAGUUCUUGAUCUCUCCGACAAUCAGCUCUCCGGAGAAAUCCCACGUGGUUUAUUUUCUUGCGCUUCUCUUCGUUAUCUCAAUCUUAGCAACAAUAACUUAACGGGAUCGUUGCCCAGCAUUUCCGGUUCCCGCCUUGAAACAUUAGAUCUGUCCAACAACAUGCUUUCGGGUAAAAUUCCAGACAACAUCGGAUUACUUUCGAGCCUAAGAUAUCUUGAUCUGGGUGGAAAUUGUUUGGUGGGAAAAAUUCCAAAUUCCAUCUCGAAUAUCACAAGCUUGCAAGUCUUUACUUUGGAUUCUAACCAGCUAGAGGGCGAAAUCCCUCGUGAAAUAGGCCUUAUGAAGAGCUUGAAAUGGAUUUACAUCGGCUACAACAAUCUUUCGGGCGAAAUUCCAGAUGAGAUUGGAGACCUGGCUUCUAUAUAUCAUCUUGAUCUUGUCUACAACAAUCUGAGUGGACAAAUUCCACCAUCUCUCGGGAACCUCAGCAAUCUUCAGUAUCUCUUCCUCUACAAUAACAAGCUCACGGGUCCUAUUCCAAGAUCACUUUUCGACCUCAGAAAGCUGGUCUCGCUUGAUCUUAGCGACAAUUCUCUUUCGGGUGAGAUCCCGGAAGUUAUUGUUCAGUUGCAAAACUUGGAGAUUCUUCAUCUUUUCUCCAAUAACUUUACCGGAAAGAUUCCGGCUUCUUUAUCCUCUCUGCCUAGGCUUCAAGUUCUCCAACUAUGGUCGAACAAGUUAUCCGGCAAGAUCCCUGAAGACCUAGGAAGGUGGAACAAUCUCACUAUGCUAGACCUUUCGUCCAAUUCUCUCGUCGGAAAAAUACCCAAAAGCGUGUGCAACUCGGGUCGACUUUUUAAGCUCAUCCUCUUCUCGAAUUCUCUCCAAGGCGAAAUUCCCAAGAGUUUAAGUUCUUGCAAAAGCUUACGGCGAGUUCGUAUCCAAAACAACCGUCUCUCCGGUGAAUUAUCUUCUGAAUUCACAAAACUGCGGCUAGUAUACUUCUUGGAUAUCUCAGGAAACAAUCUUUCUGGCAGGAUCGACGGGCAAAGGUGGGAUAUGCCGUCACUGGAAAUGCUGAAUUUGGCCAAAAACAAGCUUUCCGGGGAGUUGCCGGGUUCAUUCGGUAGUGACAAGCUCCAGAACUUGGACUUGUCAGAAAAUCAGUUUUCAGGUGAGAUCCCCCAAAGCUUUGGAAGAUUAUCAGAGCUAAGGCUACUAGAGCUAAGUGAAAACAUGCUCUCUGGUAAUAUUCCAGAAGAAUUGUCUUCAUGCAAGAAGCUUGUGAGUUUAGACCUCAGUCACAAUCAGCUAAGUGGCAAAAUUCCAGUCAAUCUCGCUGAACUGCCAGCUCUCGGCCUGCUUGAUUUGUCUGCAAACCAUUUGUCCGGAGAAAUUCCACCAAAUUUAGGAAGAGUUGAAUCCCUUGUGGAAGUGAAUAUCUCUCAAAAUCGCUUUCAUGGAAGCUUACCGUCCACCGGAGCCUUUCUUGCCAUAAAUGCCAGCGCGGUUGCUGGCAACGAUCUUUGUGGUGGCGAUACUUCCAGCGGUUUACCGCCAUGCAAAGGCCUAAAAAGUCCCAUGUGGUGGUAUGUUCUCGCUUGCUUUUUAGCUGCGUUGGCAAUCUUUGCUCUUGCUACUGUUAUCACUGUUUUCAUUCGGCGACGAAAGGAAUUGGAGUUGAAAAGAGUGGAAAACGAAGAUGGAAUGUGGGAAAUGCAGUUCUUUGACUCCAAGGCGUCAAGAUCCAUAACAAUUGACGAUAUCUUGUCAUCGACGAAACAAGAAAAUGCCAUUAUGAGUGGGAGGAAAGAGAUUUCAUACAGAGGGAAGUCUUUCAUGAACAACAUGCAGUUCGUCGUGAAGGAAAUCAAUGAUGCCAAUUUAAUUCAACCGGGAUUUUGUUCUUUUAUCUCUAAUUUCGGUAAGCUAUGGCAUCCAAACAUCAUAAGGUUGAUCGGAGUGUGCCGGUCCCAAAAGGGUGGGUUUUUGGUUUACGAGUACGUGGAAGGGAAAAUUUUGAGUGAGAUUCUUCGUGACUUGAGUUGGGAGAAACGACGUAAAAUUGCCAUCGGGAUUGCGAGAGCGCUACAGUUUUUACAUGGCUAUGGUUCGCCGAGUGUUCUGGUCGGUCUGCUGUCGCCGGAGAAAGUUCUGGUCGACGGGAAAGAUGAAGCUCGCCUGAGUUUGGGCCUCCCUGGAUUGGUUUGUACGGACACCAAGUGCUUCGUUUCUCCCGCCUACGUAGCCCCAGAAACCAGACAGAUAAAAGAUAUCUCAGAGCAGAGUGAUAUCUAUGGAUUUGGUCUCAUCUUGAUCGAACUGCUGACGGGAAAAAGCCCCGCCGACCGGGAUUUUGGCGUGCAUGAGAACAUGGUGGAGUGGGCCAGGUAUUGCUACUCAGACUGUCAUCUUGAUGCUUGGAUCGAUGGGAUCAUAAGGCCACAUAUUGCAAGGAAUAAUGAGAAGGAGAUCGUCGAAACCAUGAACCUAGCCCUCCACUGCUCCGCCACUGACCCCAUGGCUAGACCAUGCGCGAGCGAUGUCUUGAAAACCCUGGAGUCUGUUUUUACACCAAGGUCUUGCGUUUCUGCCCUAAACCUUUCAUUAACUUAUAAAUAGAUUUUCAGAUUUGGCCUGGCCCUACGAUUUUUAUUUGUUUUCCUUUUUAACAAAUAAUUAUUAGCUUUUGUUUAAUUCUCAUGCAAUAUCUAUAUAUAUGUGGACUUGAAAUAUAUGGAUAUUACUGCUGAAAUGCUUUUGUUAAUGUCUAAUGGUGGUAUGUUUGAGUACAUACUAGUGAGUAGUACUGUAAUUUAUAAACAUCAUGUAGAUAAUA